AUGAAUUUUCUACCUUGGACGACAUUCACUCGCACGCUUAUACUGACCUUGGUUUUCCCCGUAUGAGUUCACCAGUCGACAGUAUUGCGAGCGGUGGCGAACACAGUAGCACUAGGCUCAGGAGAAGUCCUGACAGCGUCCACCCAACUUUCACCAUGCCCCAGGAAGACCCGCUUGAAAAUGAACAGCCUAAAUGACGGCUUUGAUGAUGUCGAGUGGGAGCUACAAAAUAAUGGAUUGUAUAUCGGCUCCUACUCUCGUGUCGUCUUGUUAAAUGGUUUUGUGCCGUUAUUUGCAGCGGUCAUCUUCACCGUACUUGCGCUACUUCCCGACUUGGCCUGGCCUAUAGCAAGUUCACCAUCGCCAUACCCAGUAUCAUUCCCCUUCCCAUUACCUGAAAUACUCCUCUCUAGCGCAUUCUUCAGUCUGGCUCAUCUUCUUCGCGUCCCCCUCUACUCACUCGCAUCCCUUUUAUUCCCUUCAGAGUCAGCCUCUUUGGUGUCCACAUUCUUCCAUGUCCUCCUCACCAACGGCCUCCGUCUGGCAGCGUUGGCAAUCCUGCAAGUCAGGCACACCAUGGACUAUCCCAUCCCAACUUGCCAAGACCCCGCAUUCCGCACCGUAUGGUGGCUCUCACUCAACUUUGCAGAAGUUGUUGCUGCCAUAGUACAGGGAUACGAGCAGCUCGCUUACUACCGCGACGUAAUGGUCCCAGAAGGGAGAGAAAUUGAGUUUCUCGAGCGCCUAAAGUCUGGGUCUUUCGAGGAACCAAUAGACGACACUACAUAUCCUCCAGAGCAAGAAGAAUUUGAAGAUGCAUUGGAGAACGGAGAGAGCGCUCGAAGCGUAGAGUCACGAAUCGAUCGUGGGGUGGAGAAGUUGCUUGUAAUAAAGAUGAGAGAGGAACUCGAAGAGGUCUACGGACUGCCUGUUAUCAAAAUCCCCGUCUUCAUAUCGUGCCUGCAGCGUUUCAACUCCAUUUUCCUAUCCGUAGGCCUCAACCUUCUCCUCUCUGCAGCCUACCUCCGCUCGCCACUAUCCUUACCCGUAUCAGACCAGGAUUUCGCGAGGUCCUACGCCAGCUCAAACGUACCGUUCAUCAUCACUUCACCAUUAGUACUGCUAUUGCACUCAUCGCUUGCAGCGCUGCACACCCCAGCAGUUUUACCUCGCAUAGGCCUGCACACAGCCGCAUAUGUAGGCGUGUUGGUUGGUAUAAUGAGCUUCUUUGCGGGCUUGGCUGUGUGGGGUGCGUUGUCGUGAGGCGCGAGGUGACGAAAUAUCAUGUUUUCUUCCUGUAUCUGAUCUAUUUAUCACUGUCGUUUGGGUCGUACAUAGGCAUGUACCUGGAUAAGAUCGAGUUUUACUGCUGUGUUGCAUAUUCGGCUCAAUUGUACACUUGCAUAAGGAUCCACGCGGAACUUACUUAUCUGAUCUGUUUUUCAUUGUCCUUUGGGAGGCAUGUACAUGACGAUAGGAAUAUAUAGGAUCGAGCUUUACUGUUGUGUUGCAUAUUAUCAUUGUUGUCUUAAUAUAUCUAACAUAAGAAUCCACGCGGAUUCUGGAAGUUGUGAUUAAUCGCAAUGCUUGUCAAUGACGUUGCGCCUCAGACUGCCGUUCCUUAUUUCUUACCACGGCACCCACCAUGUAUCACCUCCUCAAAGGCAUGCACGAAUACUUGACGAGGUAAGGCUUCACACC